AUGAAAUUCCAACUUUCAGACUAUGCCAUGGUGUACAUAUUCCUCUCAAAUCAUCCCAACGCGUUUGUUCUAAGGCAUGUCACCUAUAAUCUACCGCUAUCAUUCUGCCUUACUGCUUUAUUUUGGCCAUUUCUUACUCGAAUUGAUUUGAUAAAGAUCACCUUGCUAGUAUCGGUUUUGGCAACAACCCCAUGGGAUUCGUAUCUCGUUCGGAAUAAAGUCUGGACAUACCCUGAGACUGCUGUCAGUGGUAUCACAGUGUUUUCAGUUCCGAUAGAAGAAGUAUUUUUCUUCUGCAUUCAAACCUACAACACGAGUAUGAUCUACACCAUAGUGACUCGGCGACUAGUCAUGCCAGCAUAUCUGAAAAAGUCAGAUCGUACGGCUCGGAUAUCUGUCGCACUUCUUCCUGCGCUCCUGACUGUGAUAGGCAUGGGUGCCUUCCAAGCUGGGGGGAAAUAUACCUAUAUCGGCAUGAUUCUUGGGUGGGCAUGCUCGUGGUUGUUGUUUCAAUGGAUUUUAUGCUCUCACCUGGCCUUCAAUCUCCCCAUCAAGGAGCUUCUGAUCUCUGUGAUGCUUCCUACCGCAUUUCUAUGGAUAGUCGACACUUUGUCACUUGGUAAUGGAACAUGGGUGAUUGAGAAGUCCACUAAAUUGGAUAUCCAAGUAUGGGAAAAAUUGGAUAUUGAGGAAGCAUUAUUCUUCCUGCUCUCCAAUAUUAUGAUUGUGCAGGGCAUGAUCAUCGCCGACUGUAUCAUUGCUGAGACGGAUCUCCGAAAGGCACAGUCUGUGGGCGAGAUUGAAUGUGGGUUGAAUAUCACGGAGGCCUUGCUUAGCUUCGUAUAUCCUCCGGAUAAGGCAAAUGACCGGUUCGUUUCACACCUUAACCAAUCUGUACACCGACUGGCGAGCGCGAGUCAAAGUAUGUAUAUGGGCAGUGCCAUGUUCUACGGUGCUUUGCGCAUUGACCUCAUCUUCCUUUAUUCUUUUUGCCGCUUAAUCGACGACCUCGUGGACGGAAGUGAAAGCCGGGGGGUUGCAGAAAGAUUAAUCGACGAAUGCGCUCGGCUUCUGGAUGUUAAAUUCAAACUCGAAUCAGAGUUUGUGGAAGACGAGGGCGGUUGCUCACAUGAAGAAGUUGAGUUCUCCGAACUCAGAGAAGCCAUUGACCACCUCCCUGCUUCUAGACUUCGACUUGGCCCACUUCGUGAUUUGUUGGAGGGCUUUCGGCUUGAUCUUCAGUUCAUUGCGUUUGAAAGAACCUUCCCAAUAUCGACCGAGAUGGAGUUGGAUAAAUAUGCAUACUAUGUGGCAGGGACAGUCGCGAUAUGUAUCCUCGAUCUGGUAUCGCAUCACUUUCCUUGCCACAUUUUCGCUGCCGACAGCAACUUGCAAGAUAAGGUCGUCGAAGCAGGUUGUGAAAUGGGAAAGGCCCUGCAGUACGUCAACAUAGCGAGGGAUAUUGGCCGUGAUUCUGCAAUCAACAGGGUUUACAUCCCGAACACAUGGCUCAAAGAGGCUGGCCUCUCGCCAGAAGACGUCCUGUUCUGCCCAACGGAUCCUCGUAUUCAAAAUGUUCGGUCGCGCCUUUUGGCUAAAGCAAACUAUCUGCACAAGCGAGCUGAAGGUGCGAUUCGAAAAUUGCCUUUGGAGGUACAGGGUCCUCUUCGUGCGACCGUGGAAAGCUAUAUGGAGAUCGGCAGUGCAUUGGAGAGUGGUGCCCAGCCCCACCGACCUUAUCACAAGCUACGUCUUUCCAUUCCAAGACGCCUAUUUGUUGUUUACAAAGCGAUGACCAAUUUUUGA